GGGGACUAAGAAGAUAUGUUCAUGCUAAAGGAUUUUCAUAUUUUCAAUCGAGACGGAUUCAGUUUUAUACAAUUGAGAUAACUUAUUUGAUUAUCCUGUUUACUACUGAUAUGCCAAGAUUUAAAGCAACUCCCCAACAGUUUAAUCUAAAUAGUAAAAAGGAAUCCUCGAACGAUGAAGACAACAUUGAUGAUAUUGUAGAUGAUUUGAGUUCUAAUGAUGUUGAUAGUCAUAGCAGUAAUAAUCAUGACGAUAGCAGUGAUGAUCAUGAUGAUGACAGUCUACAAGAAGAUAAUGAUGAUGAAGCGCUUGAAUAUGACACCAACCAUAGUAUUAUGAAAAGAUCUCCAGAUACUGAUGAGAAUAGUCCGAAACAGAAACAAAGGAAAACUUGUCAAAAUUCAAAUGAACCGAUUCCAGUCACCACGGAAUGUUUGAAUACCUUACAAACAGCGGCUUUUCUUGCACAGGCAGCUGCUGUGGCCACUGUUGCUGCACUCUCUUCUGGACAGUUGAUACCAAUUUUUCCUUCUGAAACACCACCGAUAGCUCCUCUUGGUUUAUCUUUACCAACAAUACCUAAUGAAAAUUUCACUGAAACAACAACAGCGACCAUAAAAUCAACAGAAGAAUCAAAUACCUCAAUGUCGAAUCGAAAUAAUGUUAAUUUGUCACCUACUGCUAAAAAACAAAGUCCUAAUGCAGCAAUGUGGGGUCCAUCCUCGAAUAACAGUGAUGUCGAUAAUGAUGAAGGUGUUGACGAAGAUGAUGAUGCGACUGAUAAAAAUUUGCAUCAAUGCAAAUCACGGGAACGUGAGAAACAGUUUAUCAAUUGUCCAGUAUGCUGUAAAACAAUGAGACGCGGUUCUUUGCGUGAACAUAUGGAUCGUCAUGCAAAUAGUGGCAAAUUUAAAUGUGAUGCAUGUGAGAAAACAUUUAGUCGUGCCAGUGCUCGUGAGAAACAUAUACGUACACAUACUGGUGAACGUCCUUACAAGUGUGAAUUAUGCUCAAAAGCUUAUAGACAAAAAGUUCAUUUAAAUGAACACCUUCGUUCACAUACUGGUGUUCGACCUUAUUUAUGUAAAUUAUGCGGUUUUUGUUUAGCUUCUAAAUCGCUACUAAAUCGACAUUUGCGUACGCAUGGAAUUAAAAAAAAUCUUGAUAAUGAUACUGAUGUUUGGAUGAAAAUUGAUGCACCUAAAGAAGAAGUUUUAAAUAUUGCCGCUGAAGUUGGUCGUGUAUUAUCACAAAGACAAAAUGAAAGUUUGGAUAAUGACAACCAUACUACUAAUAUUGAUAAUAACAGUAGCAAUAUGCAAUCAUUUAAAAUUGAACAAACUCUAAGUAAUUCAUUCAACAGCGACUGUAUCUUACAGUUAACACCUAGAGGGUCAGUGACAUUUGGCCGCAAAUAUUUAUGUAAUCUGUGUCCAGCUGGUUUUCCUACAGUACAGGCCCUAAGAAGUCAUCGUAUGACUACACAUAAUGUUGUUACACCACACAAAUGUCCACAAUGUAGUGAAUCAUUUAGUUCGCUGAAAUUAAUGGAAGGACAUUUGAGAAAACUUCAUCCACAGGUUUGUCCAAUAUGUUCAAAACAAAUGCCUGAGCGUCGUAAAUGGAUGGUUGAAGCGCAUAUAAGAGAAGCACAUCCAGAAGCAGUAGCUGACCACGUAGGUUCAUCUUCACAAAGUAAAAAUCACAAAAAGAUUAAAUCGAAAGAAAAUGCUAUCAGUGCUACUACUACUACUACCACUACUACGACUACUUCCAAUAAUGAUACUGCUCUGGAAAAACAUACUAACAAUUGUGUUUCAUUAGAACUAAGGAAGUGGAAAGAUUUUAGACCAGAUAAAGUGCACUCUUCAACUGAUGAUGAUGAUGAUGACGACGAUGAUGAUGACGAAGAUGAUGAGAAUGAUAUAGAAGGAGAUGAUGAAGAGGAUGAAGAACGAGAGUCUCAUUUUGAUCAAGAAUCAUUUAAAGAUUCAAAUAAUGAUUGUAAUCUUAAUGUACUUAAUGAAAAUACUAGCGUUUAUUCUAUAGAUCAUGAACAACUAGAAGAGGAAAAUAGUUUAUUUUUACAAAUGAAUGAUAAUAAUGAAAAAACUGAUUUCAUAGUUGGAACUAAUGAUAUCAAUCAAUUAGAAUUGGGUUCUAGAAAUGGAACAGAAAGAUAAAUUCAUAUAAACAUAAUAAUCAAAUUAAUAAUUCAAUUAUAAAAUCAAACAAAACUGAUGUUGUUAAUAAUACAGAAAAGAGUACAAUGAAUCCUUUUUUUACUGUAAUUCUUAAUACAGAGAGCAAUAAAAACAAACGAAUAUUCUAGGUAUCCAUACCAAG